ACCAUCGUCUCUCGCUACAAUUUCUCUGCACUCAGAUUAAUCCCAGGCUAUGAAAAAUGAACCUCUUCCCCACCCUUGCAGCUACCCUUUGCCUCACGCCCCCAGAGAAGAGUUUCUCCAUCCGGCAACUGGUGAAGGCUUUUUUCCAAGUCACAUGAUCCAGGAUGCAGGGGGAAAUCCUUCUUGGAACACAGCUGGGUGCAGAAUCUAAUCAGAUGAGGAGAGAUAAGGUGUGAUGUGGGACAGACUAUAUAAAGCAUGAAGCCAGGGCUGCAACAAGCAGGCAGCUGUGGGGCCCCUUUCCCUGACCCAGCCAUGCAGGUGCCGCCUGGCUCGGUAGCCAGCCCCUGGAGAAUCACGAGGCCCUGGAGAAGCACAAGUCGCAGCUACUUCUACCUCAGUACCACCGCAUUGGUGUGCCUUGUUGUGGCCGUGGCGAUCAUUCUGGUCCUGGUAGUCCAGAAAAAGGACUCCUCUCCAAAAACAACUGAGACGGUCCCCCUUAAAGGAGGAAAUUGCUCAGAGGAUCUCUUCUGUACCCUGAAAAGGACUCCAUUCAAGAAGUCGUGGGCCUACCUCCAAGUGUCAAAGCAUCUCAACAAUUCCAAGAUAUCAUGGAACGAAGAUGGCACCAUCCACGGACUCGUGUACCAGGAUGGGAACCUGGUAGUCCAACUCCCUGGCUGGUACUUCAUCAUUUGCCAACUGCAGUUCCUCGUGCAGUGCUCAAAUCAUUCCGUGGACCUGACAUUGCAGCUUCUCAUCAAUUCCAAGAUCAAAAAACAGACACUGGUAACAGUGUGUGAGUCUGGAGUUCAAAGCAAGAACAUCUACCAGAAUCUCUCUCAGUUCUUGCUGCAUUACUUACAGGUCAACUCUACCAUAUCAGUCAGGGUGGAUAAUUUCCAGUAUGUGGAUACAAACACUUUCCCUCUCGAAAAUGUGCUAUCCAUCUUCUUAUACAGUAGCUCAGACUGAAUAGUUGCUCUUAACCUUUAUGAAAAGGCUGUCUACUGUACAGAACUUCAUCUGUCCAAACAUGGGCAAAAGAAAAUAUUAGGACAACUCAAACUAAGCUUGUGAAUUAGUGUACUUCUCUGUCUGUCCUUUGGAAAGAUACAAACCCAGGGAUUAGAAAGUGAAGUCUCCUUCAGAUGCACAGUCAGGAAAGAGUGUGCUGUGUGGACAGAGACCAACUUGGGCACAAGGAGGGGUUGAGCUGUCCCAGUAUAACCACUAAUUCACUGACCUUGAGCCAUUUUUUCUCCCCCUGGAACUUGGGGUCCGAAUCUGGAAAAGUAGGAGAUGGGAUUUACAUUUCCCCAACAUUUUCUUCAACUCAGAAGAUGAGAUGGUUGAGCUGAGUUUCCCACACAGAUGAAGGCCUCCCAUGGCAUGAGGAAACUGAUGAUACCAGAAAUGUCUGUCUGAUUGUCAUCUCAGAAAAUCAUAAGGACUUCCAUGGUGCCUUGUUGAAUGAUACUCUAACGUCUUGUAAUGGGCAAGAUGAUUCUGUCUCUCACCUAGGGGAGUAGCUGUCGCCAUCUCCUGAGAUGUACAUGGAGACAUUUGCUGCCUCAAAUUCCAAUCUGUGUGCAGUUUUUAAGUACUCCUCCCAAAGUUGUUGACAAUGAGAACUUUGAAAAUGGGAAGAACUUCAGGACAGCAAACAUUAACAGUUUCUCCUGACCAUAGAGGCCACAAAGCUCUCCUAGACUCAUCAAGCUAGAGGUUUCUACAGCAUAGUGGGAGACAAACUUUUGACAAAUAGUUUGAGUUUAUGUGUGGACCCCUGAGAGUUAUACUUCAGUGAAGAAAGCAAGUCCUGCCAGUGCUGUGUGAGAGGAUGGAGUAAAACAGGAGCUUUUCUGAAGGAAAAGAGAAGAACAAAGUUCCAGAACAAAAGCUAGAGAAUAUUUAAAAGGAAAAGAAGAAAACACAGCUUUUCUGAUAUGAGAGGAACCCAGAAAAACAAAACUCAAAAAGAAGAGUGGAUCUGCCAAUCUCCUCUUAGGUCUUCUCCUCUCUAGUUAUUGGAAAAGUAGUUGCAUGGCACAGGUCAGGUUCUGGUGUGUGGUCGAAUAGAAUCAGAUGUAGAGAACACCAUGCAGAGAAUAAGGAGACCUGUUAAAUUUGUGUUGUACUCAAAUGAGGAACAACUAAUCAACACAUGCAUUCUAGAAAAGGCACAUGUAACCUAUGUGGGAACUAAGCAAAUGUUCUCCCCUUUCAGAUUCUAAGUUAAGAAAGACUCCAUGUCAUUUUUCAUAGACUGUCCUCUAGGCAGAAGUACCUGACUUUUGUACUAUGGUUUAAUCUUUUCCUAAUAACUGUCUCUGUCAAGCUGGGCUCAGAAAGCCAACCACUGAAGAUGGGGAGGGCACUUCAUUUAAAAUAGUGAAAAGUAGCAAAAAUGAAAACAAAUACAGACAAUAAUUAUUACUAUGUCAACUAGAAUGUACAUAGGAAGUGGAUAGUCCAGGAGUUUAAAACUAAAUAAUGAUACUUUUGAGGGUUAGCCAGCCUCCAGUGGGACUUUCUAGUAUAUCUGUAAUAAUUAUAUUUUUCAUUGAUGAGACAGAGUACCAGGUAGAUACAACUGAAGAAAAAGAUCUAUUUGGGCUCACACUUUAAGAAAAGAUACAGUCCAUGAUGGCCAAAAGGCAGUAGGAAUAUGGGGGGAUGGUCAUGUUGGGUCUGCAGUCAUGAAGUACAGAGAGCUAGAUGCUGGUAUUCAUCUCUCUUCCCCCUUUUCUCUAUUUAUUCAGUCUGAGAUUCUAGUCAAUAUGAUAGUGCUGCCUAACUUCAGGAUGGGUCUACAAUCCUUGGUUGAAUCUCUCUAGAGACACUAUCACAGAAACAGCCAGGCACGUGUCUCCUAGUAGAUUGAAAAUCCUGUCAACUUGACAGUGAAGAUAAUUAUCACCACAUAUAUGUAAUUAAGCAGAUCAGUUUUCUGAACAGAUGCUGAGGCUACCUAAGACUCAUGUUUGCUUAGCAAAAAUUCAGUAGAUUUGCACACUAUGCCUUCAUGAACUUGAAGAAAAUUGUAAAAAGUUUAUGUAUAAGUUGAAGAAAUGUUCCACCUCUGGAGUGAGGUCAGUUAGCCCUGGUGAGGUUUCCAUUGUUUAGAUAUCAGGGAAUGCCAAUUCCUAUCCAGUCCUCAAGGACUUGUAUCCAGCCCUGACUCCAGCUCUGCUGUUUCUCAUCAGGCUUCCUUGGAUACCCCACAGCCAAAAGCUUCAGGACACAACUCUCCAGGCCACACUGAAGCAGCCCCAGCUUCCAGGGAAUCCUCAGCCUUCCUCUGUGUAUCCCAGCCAUUUCUUCUCCAUCUUCUGUGGACUUGGCCAUAACUGAGUCACAGAAGCGGGAUAGAGCUAUAACUUUAUGACCCUCAGAACCAAAGGAGUUUAUUAUCAAGCCCAUACUAUUUUUAGAUUAAAAAUAAUAAAGCUUAUUGUUUAAUUUGAA